CAUUCGUCCAGAGUCUUGUUCUGGGCUGCAGCAGUUCUGACCCAGAGGGCCCAUGUCGCUGGCACCUCAUCCACACCUGCAACCUACAAACCUCUCGACGACUGGUGGAUGAGCACUUUACCCAGACCGGAGGAGAAGGAGGAGGAGAAUCAAGGGCAGGAAAAACGAUUCAUACGAGUACUCCAGCCGAGACUCCAUCGUUCUUCACGCAGGAGCAGUGAUGAGCGGAAGCAGGCAAAAAAGAAGCAAGCUGCGUGCCGUGUACCUUGCACGCUAAGGCAAGGUAGCCAUAGUUCUCUCCUGCGCGGAUGUCAGAAGCAAACAAAUGGAACCCAACAGCAGCGAGUACUGAGCAGCGGACCAAACAAGACACGGCGAAUCGACAGACGUUGGACGACUUGCGUGAACUAGCAGCAGAAAGGGAGUUGGGUACGGAGUACACAGAAAAGAGUCCUGGCAACCCGCAAAGACGCAGGACGCAACUAAACGGCCUAGAGUCAGUUGGAGACUUUUUGGAGACACCUGGAGGGGGGCCUGGAUCCAAUCAAUACUCACACACUCUCACUCACACACACACACUUGAGUAUUGGGCCUAUCGGCACUCUCGCCUCUCUGGACACACAUUCAUCCAGUUGCGCGGCGCGCCGGUGUCUCUCAUUGGGUCUCCCCCGCUCCCCCAAGCCGAAGAAGAAGAAGAAGAAGAAGGAGAAGGAGAAGAAGAACCACGUACGAACAGCUGCGGCUACCUUACCUUAGUGGCUAAAGUACCUUUUGGGUACGGAGAGCCGGGAGAGGCACGGAAGUACUUGGGCUUUCUUCACCUCACCUUGUCUCGUCGACCACCUUAUCCGCAUUACACUAAGUACGUGACUGACUACCUUACUCCGUUCACUACACACCCAUCUCACCUCAGGUUGAUGAGAGAGAAUCCUCUUUUUCCUCCUCCUCCUUCUCCUCCUCAUACCUUAGCUAUUCUCAUCCCAUCCCGUCUCAUCACACCAUUGCUUGUCUUGUCACAGAACCCCUCCCCCACCUCGACUACCUACGCAUCCGAACUUCCCCAGCCACCGUCGUCGGACUAGCCAGAGUAGUUGCCGCAACUUGGCCUUCUCCUCUCUCUGUCUCUCUGAUUUGGUUGAGCUGUGUCAUCUUGUCUGGCCCGCCCCCUUCCCUUGAGCCGUUUGCCCUCUUUGCCCUCUACGGAUACAGAGUACCGACUACGACAUCUAUUUGCCUGGCCUUGUCGGGCCUUGCCUCGUUCUAGGCUCUAGGCUCUUGCAAGUAGCCACAAGCCUCUCUGCUUCCUUUCCCACCCCUCUGGUGCGCCUCUUCCACUGGGCACUUAGUUACUCACUCUCUUCGCCCUCCUCUUUGCCGGCCGCCGCCUCGACUUGAGGUGUAUCAAACAGCAGCCGCAGCCGCAGCCGCAGUA